CCAAAACUUUUUAUCCUAACACAAGCUUCUUUUUGAAUAAUCAGGGAGACGAACAGGAGCUGGAGCAGCACACACUGUUUACCUGAGAUAUUAAGAUGAGCACAGACACCGUGGAACAGUCGGACGCUCCAGCUGAACAGGCAGGGCAAAACGGAAUCGACUUCAAUCGACAAAUAAAGACAGAGGACAUCAACGACUCACCUCAUACAGCUUCCUCACUGAAGACAUGUCACCUGACACAGAGUACUCCAGUGCAUGGUCAGCUCACUGGGGAGCUCACCUCUCUCCACACCAUGCAGCAGCUGGUUCUGAUGCCACCGUCUCACCUGUCAUCUCCCUCCCCUUUUCUGCUCUCCCAGAGCCCCACCAGUCACCAAGCUCUCCUGCAGCAGAACCUGCUGUCCCUUCCUAGCCAGAGUCAAACUAGUCUUCUUCAGCAUCAACCUGGACUGGCUCUUACUCCACAGGCUAUGAGUCGCUCUGGUCUGGCAGGGUCAUCUAUGGAGACCCACAUGGACAUGUCUCACCUGCAGAUGCCCAAACACAUGUCGGUACCACCACAGGAAGAACCCAGUGAUCUGGAGGAACUGGAACAAUUUGCAAAAGCAUUCAAACAAAGACGCAUCAAACUGGGCUUCACUCAGGGAGAUGUGGGCCUUGCGAUGGGAAAACUGUACGGAAAUGAUUUCAGCCAGACCACAAUCUCUCGCUUUGAGGCUCUCAACCUCAGCUUCAAAAACAUGUGCAAGCUCAAACCCCUUCUGGAGAAAUGGCUUAGUGACGCAGAGAACUCACCUUCUGAUGCGAUGAGCAACCCUACUGCUCUGCCACCCCUCAUGGAGGGCUACGGCCGCAAGCGAAAAAAGAGGACAAGCAUUGAAACGAACAUCAAGAUGACUCUGGAGAAACGCUUCAUUGAUAACCCCAAGCCCAACUCCGAGGAAAUAACCCUGAUCUCAGAGCAACUGUCCAUGGAGAAGGAGGUGGUUCGAGUUUGGUUCUGUAAUCGACGUCAGAAGGAAAAGAGGAUCUACUGCCCAGUGGCUAGUUUACCUGUCAAAUCACACAGCUACAACUCCAGAAUGGCAUCAGCAUCCAGAUCCUACAGCCCUCUGGCUUCAGGUGGAGUUUCAUCAAAUUCCUCUCCAAACAGUGCCAGCCGUGAAGCUUCCCCCAACGGCUUGUCCACAGCCUCUUUAACAUCUCAGGGCAACCCAGCUUCCUACAGCACACCAGGCUCCUGGUACCGCACAUGGAAUCCUGCUUCAUAUCACUGAUAUGAAACAUGAACUGUAUCAUAUGAAGCUUUUAAAGAUUUUUUUUUUUUGUUUGUUUGUUUUUGUUUGAGAAGGAUGUACACUCAAGAUGUGACAGAGUAACACAAUAUCCCUGUUAUGAACGGGGGUUACAACCACAGGCUAAAACUUUUAAUGGACUCGUGAGACAAAACAGCAGCACAAGCCGAGGACUGCGACACAACACAAAUCUGUCAACAGUCAAGCUCUCACGCAUCCCAACGGCCUCGAGCUGUUUGAUUUGCGUUCAUGUGACUCUUUACUCUCCUUAGAUCAGCUGCAAAAGAUGAAGAAUACACAGAAAAGCACACAGUGACAGAUAACAGAAACACUGGUGGGAGUUCUCACGUGUUCUUGCCCGUAUGCUCAUGGCUUGGAUUUUUAACUGCCAAGACUCAUAUAAUGUGUUUUCGAAUGCUGACGGAUUCAGGUCCACAUUCACUAAGAUUGUGUGUGAAGCUUUUCCUUACGCCAUCUACAAUGAUCUCUGUUGUUGCUGUUAUGAUGUGUUUUUAUGUUCACAUUUUAGUGUUGUGUUAGUGAAUUUGACGUAAUCCUACAUUGCGUACUGCUAGCCUGUCUAAAUAAAUAUGCAGCCAAAACAAAGGGAAUAAACUGAAUUUACAUCUGCAUGUCCAUGGCUUGUGCAAAACAGUCUUUCAUUGAGCAUUGCAAGAUACCAUAAGUGAACAGAACGGCUUUUGGUUUGGUCAUUUUAGUUCUUUAGGGAUAAUUCUGGUUUAUUACACAAUUUUUCUUAUUAGUUUUAAUCACACUGUACUGACCAAAUAAAUAAUUGAAAUCUAGGAAAAUGGUGAUACUGCAACAAAGGCCAGCGGGGGCAAGAAACAUGAUCAACCAAGAAAACUCUGUGUACACUACUCUGACAUGCACAGUAUGUUAAAGUUGAACCAGACAGUCAGUCUAUUACAAUAGUCAAAAUUUUUAUUGUUUCUUCCAAACAAGUUUGUCUAACCUGGAGGUUUUGUCCUGAACACACUGUUUUCUGGCAAAGUUGGAACUGUUCUGGGCGACAUUUGAAUCAAAAUGCAACGACAGUUGUUGGGUCGUUUUCUCUCAUUCAAACCAUCAAACCACACCCACUCAAUCCUAAUGGAACAGGUUAGCUUUGUUUUUGAGUCUUAAACUUUUCAUAACCAAAGAUGUGUUUUUGUUCUCCAAACUUUGGAUUUGAUUGUUUCAGAUUUUGUCAUGAAUAUACAGAAAUACUUAACAUUUGAAACCAAGUUUCAGGGGCUUUAAACAAAUCUCCAGUGAAUCUCAGCUUUAGCUCGUGUGUUAAGGUCUCAGUUUACUGCAAAUUAAUUAGUUUUUAGUCAUUAGUCCACCAUAAGUCAAAACUCAAAGUCAGGGAGAAAAGCCUGGCAUCACAGCCUCCUCUUGACUGCAUACCACUUCCUUCCUGAUCUUUUGCGUGGCUCUGUAGUCUUCAUGUGAUGAACUGUACAAAGGUUGAUUAUGGCCCACUCUUUUUGACAGUCUCUCAUUGGUAGUAACCAUGGUCUUGCACUCGUUUGUACACACAAAAGGUGAUUGACAGAUGUUUAUGCCCUGUCGUUCGUUGUAAAUGUAAUUCGGCAGUUGUAGUUGAUGUGUUAUGCCACCCUCUGGAGGGUUUUUUCCUUCAUGUAUUUUCAUUUGACGUCCUGUCAUCCAGCAGUGUGACUCCGCAUCUUCUCUUAGAAAGUGUCAACUUUGCUGUUAUAGCUGAUUGGCGAAAAAAGGGUGGCAAUAUUAUGUAUUAUUGUUAUUGUCAACAACGUUUAGAUUUCCCUACCCUAUCUAUGGCUCUCAGUCCCAAGACCACUGGUGCCUAGUGAAAAUGUAAAUCCCUUUUUUUAAAAGGCUCAGUUUUCCUGAUUUCCUUUAACAGCUGGGCUCUGUCGUUUUUCAGCAAACAGCAAACAACAUUUCAAACUAAAGUAAACUGUGUAUUUGUUAGGGACUAUUUUCAGCUGUGGAUUAAUACACAUUUAGUGAGUAUUUCUGGAAUCAAAUAUCUAAGGCCAUAUUUGUGUUAAUGAAUGAACAUGUGCAACUCAAUGGCUCUUUAUUCUUUAAUGAAGCUCUGUGGCACAGAAGAAUAAGGCUUUUUCUACACAGAGGAUACUUUUCAUGUGAUGUGUUGACGAUGAGAAAAAUAUAGACCUUCAAGAGACCUUCCCUUUAAUCUGGAUGUGAGGAUGCGAGUCAAGCCCAUUUUUAUUCAUGUAGCGCCAAAUCACAACAACUUGCAGCCGGGGCUUUUGUUUGAUUUGUCUCUUAUUUUGUGCUUGUUGUUGCCCUGUUUCAUACAGACACUCAUAAAACUGCCUUUCAGACCUCAAGUCAAGGUCUGACUACUCUUGUUUGUUUGCUUGUUUAGUUACCUUUGUUAAAUUAAUUUCUGUUUUGAGUGUCUUUUGUAUAUUUUAUUUUAGAGAAAUGUUUUGCAGUGGUAUGGAACUCAGCAAAGUAACUCAUGACUUCAUCAUUCAAAUAAAACCAGCCACUAUAAUUGUGAUGUUAUAUAAUGUUACAGCAGGUACUUGCUUAAAGAGUAAAGUUUUUACUGAUGUAACUGAAGCUACCAUGGUAAAUGUUAAAAGUGGGUACAGAGCCAUAUGAUCCUCUGAGUGUCCGGGAAUCAUUUGUCUUCACCUCCUGCUCCAGGGACCUAAUUCAUUUCUAUUUACUGUCAUUAAACAGAACAUGUCAGUCCUGGGUUUGACUUUCUUUCUUUUUACAUCCACCAUGGAAGUGAUGUUUUCAUCCCUGUUUGUUUAUCAGCAGGAUUACGCAAUAAGUACUGAACCGAUUUGCACAAAACUUGGUGGAGUG